CCGGUCGGUCACACGUGUGAUGACUUCGAUAUAUAUAUAUAUUUAUAUGUAUACAAUAUACAUUUUAUUAUGUAUACAUCUUAUACAUAGUACACAAUAGACCGGCAAUACCCUCCGAAGACCCUGCGGUCAUCAUUUCAGUAUCAUCUCUUGUUCGAUCUGGUCGUGUGCAUUUGUGCUGCAGCAACCUCGCGCGCGUCUUGUACACGUAGUAUAGGUACUAUUUCGUAUCGCGACUCUUCUGCGUACAAAUAUAACAUAAUAAUAAUAUUGUAUGCGUGCGGGACCAGUCGAUCGUCUGCACUCUGCACCUCUACAUUAUAAUAUUUUGUGCGGCUAGUUGGUGCGCGCUCAACGGCAAAGUGCGCGUCAAACAGCGUCCGUUCGCAAUAAACAUUAUACCUAACUUAUAUAAAUCAAAAUACGCAUAUUGUCGACACAAUUCUUCCGCAUCCACGCUGCACAUGGUAUUUCUGAAACGACAUCGCCGGGCCCAUUAAUUAAUAUAAUCUGCAGCUGUAUCAGAUACAAUGAUUAUUUUACUAAUUUUGUUGGCUAUGCUACACACCGGAUUGGCGGCCAUCGCAGGAUAUGAAGAAAUGGAAAACAAUUUAAUUACAAAAUUAGGUUUAAGCCGAAGACCUGUAGUAGAGAAAAAUAUGAAGAUACCAUCUGCCACAAUGGAGCUGUAUAAAUCAAUAUUUGAAGAGAACAAUGCAAUGACAACUCAUUUUCCUCUUCCUGGUUUGCACACAACGUCUGCUAAUACUGCUAGGACCUAUUCCAACAAAGGAUCAGCCCCAAUUAAUGCUAAGUCUAAAAAAUAUAGGCUACAGUUCGAUAUAGAUUCUAUACCGGAACGAGAACAGGUUAAAGCUGCUGAAGUUCGUUUUACAAUGAUAUACGAUACAAUACUACGAAAUGAAGAAUUUAUUCAUGUGAUUAUACAUGACAUUGUCCAACCUGGCGCCAAAGGCAUAUCAAAACCUAUUCUCAGAAUUAUCGAUUCGAAAUCAAUUAAUAUGUCAAAAGUAUCAAAGUCAGAAGUCAUCAGUUUUGACGUAACACCAGCUAUAGAAAGACUGUCGAAGAACAAUUUCAAAGAAAACCAUGGUAUGCUUGUUCAAUGCGUCACGGAGUCUGGUAGUCACACACAUUUGCUCAGCGUGUUUGACUUUGUAUCACCCGAAAAGACAUUGCUAUUUGUCUACACCGAUGACGGAACAAGCGAGAAGAGCACGCUAGAACGGAUGAUGCGGCGGAGCAAACGGUCGGCCGACGAACCGGGAGGGCCACAGAGGAGAUCGAAAAAGAAGAAGAUCUGUCAGCGGUAUUCGAUGUACGUGGACUUCAAGGAUGUCGGGUUCAGCGAUUGGAUCCAGGCGCCGCCGGGUUACGACGCUUUCUACUGCCACGGGGAGUGUACGUUCCCGUUGGCCAAUCACAUCAACGCGUCCAACCACGCGGUCAUGCAGACGCUGAUGAACUCGUACAACCCGGCGUCAGUUCCCCGGGCGUGCUGCGUGCCGACCAAGCUCAGUUCGCAGACGCUGCUCUACGUGGACGACGACGGCAAGUUCGUGGUGAAGAACUACCCGGAAAUGACCGUGGACGAAUGCGGAUGUAGAUGAGGGCGGUGGUUGGGGGGGGGGGGCAGUUAUUAUACGCACUUGCACUAGGUGCAUUUGCAAUGCCUGCAGAGUGUGCACAGCUGAGUACAUAAUGUAUUAUUAUGUAACACAAAACCUUGCGCCUCAUUUUUACCCUGGAAAUGGUCGAUAGAUAUACAUAUAAUGUAAUAUGUAAUAUAUUAUUAUGCACCAACAGUGCAUACACAUAAUCCAUUCGUGGGUGUCUUCUGACACAAAGUCAAAAGCGUUUAGCGCUUAUGUAUAAAACAAAACCUAUUUUUUUUCCAGUUCUAGUUCGACGGAUAUUGAUAUAAAUAAAUAUGUAUACAUUACAAUAUAAACACGCGCGUAUAAAAUGUAAAAACAAUGUGUAAAUAAUAAUGUACAUAAAGAACAAGUGUAAAUACCGGCAAAUGGUCAUAAUUGUAUAACAUUAAUAUUAUAAGUCUAGUCCAAAACCAAUACAAUUCAGUUUUAAUGUUGAAUAACCAUGACGAUUGUGUAUUAGAUACAUGUUUGAAUACAAAAUUCUUACACGAAUUGUUGUUACUAUUAUUGCUAUUCCUUCUAUUUAAAUUAUUUAUUUAUAUUUUGUUUUCGUUGUUGUUUUAUUAAAUGGU